AUGGUUGGUAGUGAUGCUAGUGGUUUGUUUCUGGGGUUUGACCUUUCUACGCAGCAGUUGAAGUGCCUUAUAGUGGAUUCAGCGUUGAAUAUUAAGAGCACUGUUGUGGUUGACUACGAUCGGGACUUAUCGGAGUUUGGAACCUCUCAUGGGGUCUAUGAGCAGGGGGAAGGGGUUGUUGAGGCCCCUGUUGCCAUGUGGUUGAGGGCUGUUGAUGUUUGCUUUGAGAAGCUGGCUAAGAUAGUGGAUCUCAGGCAGGUUGUGGCUAUAUCGGGGUCAUGUCAGCAGCAUGGAGCAGUAUUUUGGAAUGAAAAGGCAGCUGUGGCACUUGAAAGGUUGGAUACAGGAAUGGGACUUGAAGAGCAGCUUUCUGUGUGUCUGAGCCGGCCCAUGGCGACCAAUUGGCAGGACCAUAGUACGGGAGUCCAGUGUGGACAGUUUGAACAGGUAUGCGGUGGAGCCGAAUGUCUGGCCCAAUUGACCGGGUCUAGGGCUCACUAUCGUUUUACAGGACCACAGAUCAAGAAGAUUCACGACUUGGAGCCUGAGACCUACCGCAACACCCGCAAUAUUUCGCUUGUCUCUUCAUUUCUGGCUAGUAUCAUUGUGGGGAAGAUGACUCCACUGGAAGAAGCAGAUGCUUGUGGGAUGAAUCUCUAUGACAUUGAGCAACGUAAGUACAGUCCAGCACUGCUUGAAAUGGUGGGAGACAUGGACCUGGAACGGAAACUAGGCGGCAGUCCUCUUAAAAGCAGCUCAGAUCCGUUCUUGCUUGGCACAGUUUCGCCAUACUUCAGCAAGAAAUAUGGGUUGAAUCAAGAAUGUGAGGUAUAUACGUUUACUGGAGACAACCUUGCUACUAUUUGCUCCUUGCCACUGAAGAAUAACGACGUCUUGGUGUCCAUGGGUACCAGCACUACCGUAUUAUUGGUCACAGAGCAUUAUCGGCCCUCAUCGAACUACCACCUUUUCAUUCAUCCUACCAUCCCCGGUCACUACAUGGGAAUGAUAUGCUACAGCAAUGGUUCUCUUGCUAGACUGCAGGUCUGUAAAAGCCUGGGGGGUGCAGAAGACUGGGAACACUUUACAAGCGUGCUGGAAGACCCGACGGUUGAUAUUACGAACGAAAUUGGAGUAUACUUCCCAGUACCUGAGAUUGUACCAUCUCUGCAAAAUCCAGUUACUAAGCGUGCAAUUAUACACGAUAACAAUGAUCUAGCAGUCGUGGACUCGUUCGCUGACGCAUCGCACGACGUCAAGAACAUUGUAUUCUCACAGGCCUUGAGUUGCAGAGUGCGUAUGGCACAGCUCCUUGAUGGCAAUGAGUCUUCUAGAAGCAUCGGAACUACAACUUUUGACGGCCAAAGGUACCCUCUUGAAGUAUUUAAUAGAAGACCCAACAGGGUAUUCUUUGUCGGCGGCGCCUCUAAGAACACAUUGCUAGUCAGAUCGUUCGCCGACAUCUUGGGGGCGACAGAGGGGAACUAUAGACUAAAGACGCCCAAUUCAUGCGCUCUAGGUGGAUGCUAUAAAGCAAUGUGGUCCCAUCUAUAUCAUAACAAACAGGUGUCAGAUGGGUUUGCAUCAUGGUUGGACCGCACAUUCAAAUGGGAUAUUGACACCGAAUUCAUCUGUGAUACCAACCAAAACAACUGGGAAAUGUCCAGCUAUAAGAUAACUGCACUUAGCAGGCUUGAGAGCAUGCUAGAAUCAACCAAACGCUAG